AUGGGAAACGAACCCAGAGGUGGAACAGUUAAGAUGAAGUUUCAAAGAAUUGAUUCUAUUUUCAAGAGGAAGGUCGUUGAUAUUCAAAGAGAUGAAGUUAUAAUUUCUUCAUCCGAACUUGAACAUGUUCAUGAGAAUCCAAGAAUUGAAGAAAAUGAGUCUCAUCCUUCAAAGAUUAAUAGAGUUGAUCCGGAAGACAUUGAAAUUUUUUUAGAAAGGGAUCCAGGAAAACGUAUUCCAAUUUGGAAAUAUCCACCAAAACAAAUGGAUGCAAUACGAAGAGCCUAUCUAAAAUGGGGUCCUUAUCAAUCAAACUUAGAAAACUAUCCCAUGUCCGGUAUCGGGAAAGCACAAAGGCGAUUUCAACACAGUUGGUUUAGCUUGUUUUCUUCGUGGCUAGAAUAUUCGCCGUCAAAAGAUGCUGCAUAUUGCUUACAAUGUUAUCUAUUUAGCAACAAACCAAGUGGACGUCACGGAUCAGAAGUAUUCAUUUCUAUUGGCUUUAGAAGUUGGAGGAAAGUUAGGAAUGGAGAGAAUUGUUCCUUUCUUAAACAUAUAGGGAAGGAUCCUCGCUCACCACACAACAAUGCAAUGAAAGCUUGUCAAGACUUCUUGAAUCAAGAUGGGCAUCUUAGGAAUGUUAUUGAAGUGCAAAGUUCGACUCAAAUUCUGAAUAAUCGACUAUGUCUCAAGACUUCAAUUGACACUGUUCGUUGGUUAACAAUUCAAGCUUGUGCUUUUAGGGGUCACCGUGAAGGAAACAAAUCGAGAAAUCAAGGUAAUUUUCUUGAAUUGUUAAAACUUUUAGCAUCCUACAAUGAUGAAGUUGAAAAAGUUGUGUUGAAAAAUGCUCCAGAAAAUUGCAAAUAUACUUCGCAUCAAAUCCAAAAAGAGAUAUUGCAAAUUCUUUCUAGUAGGGUGAGAAAACAUAUUCGUGAAGAAAUUGGUGAUUCUAAAUUUUGCAUCGUCGUUGAUGAAGCUCGUGAUGAGUCAAAAAAGGAACAAAUGGCUCUUGUGUUAAGGUUUGUUGAUAAAUGGUUUGUAUGUGGUAUACUUUCUCGACAUAACCUUGAUGUUUCAAACAUUCGUGGUCAAGGGUAUGACGGUGCUAGAAAUAUGAGAGGAGAAUGGAAUGUUACUGCAUCAAGAGAAGUUGCAUCAAUUCAUAAAUUCUUUGAGAAGCUGAUUUUUGUUGUCAAUGUUGUUGGUUCUUCUACUAAGCGCCAUGAUGAGUUACAAGCUGCCCAAUCAAAAGAAAUCGAAAAUUUGUUAGAGACUGGGGAGAUUGUAACUGGUAAAGGUAAAAACCAAGUUGGUACUGUGAAAAGAGCUGGAGAUACUCGUUGGGGAUCACAUUUCAACUCUAUUUGUAGCUUGAUAAGUAUGUAUGGAGCAACUUGUCCAGUUUUGAAAAUCAUUGCAAAAGAUGCAAAAAAAAUUGCCCAACGUGCAGAUGCUGAUAGUUCUUACAAUCACCUAAAGUCUUUUGAUUUUAUAUUUAUCUUGCAUUUGAUGAAAGAAAUUAUGGGGACAACAGAUUUGCUUUGUCAAGCCUUGCAAAAACAAUCUCAGGAUGUUGUUAACGCUGUGCUUUUGGUUCGUUCAACAAAAGCUCUUAUUCAAGAUUUGAGAGAAAAUGGUUGGGAUAAGUUGUUUGCCAAUGUGGUGUCCUUUUGUGAAAAGCAUGAUAUUGAGGUUCCUGACCUCAAUGACAGUCAUUCAACAACAAGGUUUGGGCGUUCUCACCUUGAAGAGAAUCAGGAUGGAUAUAAAGCUUUUGACAUUAGCACUAUAUGUAGUCUUGUUGAAAAAUAUUAUCCCAUGGAUUUUAGUGAUCAGGAGAAGAUUAAUUUGCCAUUUCAUCUAAAACAUUUCCUUUUUGAGGCUCGUGAAUCAUCAACUUUGAAAAAUUUAUCAACUAUUCAAGAAUUAUGUUCAUGUUUGCCUGCUGCCAUUCCUGCCAAUGGACAACCCAAAAAACACUUGUUGCUUGAUAGGUUGUUGCGUCUUGUUAUGACUCUUCCGGUUUCUACAGCCACAACUGAAAGAUCUUUUUUAGCAAUGAAAAUUAUCAAAUCUAAGUUGAGAAACAAGAUGGGACAUGGUUUUUAG